UGGUCCGGUGGGAUUUAUGAAAAGUGCAAUCUCUAUAUCUGAGGAUGAAGAAUGGAAGAGAAUACGAACAUUGCUGUCUCCAGCCUUCACUAGCGGAAAGCUCAAGGAGAUGUUCUCCAUCAUUGGCCAGUACGGAGAUGUGUUGGUGAGGAACCUGAGGAAGGAGGCAGAGAAAGGCAAGCGCAUCAACUUGAAAGACAUCUUCGGGGCCUACAGCAUAGAUGUGAUUACCAGCACAUCGUUUGGAGUGAACAUUGAUUCCCUCAGCAACCCACAGGAUCCCUUUGUGGAAAAUACUAAGAAGCUCUUAAAAUUUGAUUUCUUUAAUCCAUUUGUCUUCUCAUUAUUACUGUUUCCAUUCCUUGCCCCAGUUUUUGAAAUGCUAAAUAUCUGGCUAUUUCCAAAACGUGUUACUGAUUUUUUCACAAAAUCUGUACAAAGGAUGAAGGAAAGUCGCCUCAAAGAUAAACAAAAGGUAAAUCUGGUGGUGGUUACAUGUGCAUGUUCACUUUUGAUCUGUUAUUGAACUGUAUACAUCUGAUGUACACAGUUCUAAGUAGGUUUUUAUGGUAGGUAGAGAACUAUAGGGUUUAGAGCAGGAGACUUCUAACAUUUUAGACAGAAUGAAGAAGGUGGAGGUCAGGGAAGGAGAUAAGAAGAUGAGUCAGAGAGAAAAUGUGUAAAAUUAAAGAAUAAGCUUGCCAACGAGUAUGUCACUGCAUAAUCUUCAAUGAGAGAAAAACUACCACUUCCUUUCAAUAAAUUGUCAAAACUUAAAAAUUACUGUGUAAAAUAUUUUUCCUGGUAGUAUGAUUUUGCCAGAUCUUACAGUGACAAAGAAUCCCUUCAUUCUAAGCCUCUUUUCUUACAUGUUCUCCAGUGGAAAUUCCCCUCAGGUACCUGGUUAUGUUAAACUUGAGGCUAUCAUAAUGUGGAGUGGGCAGGUGUCUUCUUUGGACACUGAGGCUGCAAGCUGGCUGAGUAGGCUUUGCCUUCCUGAGACCUGGCGGCCAGCACUAGGAUGUGUGUGGGACAAGGAGACAGGGCUGGUACCGCAGGAUGUCUAUGAAGAUUGUGCAGAGUUCUGGGAGGAUGGGGCACUGGAAGAUGCUGACAUGGAAGCUGCCCGUGGACUCUGCAGAGGUCAGAGAAUUGGUCUAUAUGACCAUUCAUUAAGAAUUAAGGCUGGAAAAACAAAAGGACUGAAGUCAGGGACUUUCU